AUGGGUCGGCCCUCUCAAUUAGAUAUCAAGGCUCUCCCAGCAGAUGACCCCAAAACGAUUACACAGAUCGCCAAGUUUUACAUCGAUAACCCAAUAGAAGCACCCUACACAGACAAGUUCUGGGAGAUAGGCCAAAGAUCCAAAAUGCUUGGUCAGUGGUUACAGAAAGCAGAUACCUUAAAGCCCAGGUCGAAAGAAAGAAGAGAACUCGAUGCUACUAUAGAACAAGUUGCUCAACAGCUUUUCCCAUUUCUUCAAAACCCUCCACGGAAUCAAGGAUCCAAGACACCGCUGACUGAUUUGAGAAAAUCCUAUAAGAAAGGAUCACGCGGUAUCGUCAUUCCCGUUGGCGGAAGUGAACAGUCUAUUCGAUUUGCGAGCCAUUUGAUUAUUUCUCUCCGUACAGUACUUGGUUCCAAGUUACCAAUCCAGGUUGCCUAUGCAGGCGAUGAAGACUUACCGGAAAAGAGUCGAAAGAGAAUCCAGGCACUAAAAGGUGCAAGUAACAUCGAGUUCCUGGAUGUUUGGAGUGUGUUCGACGACUUCACACUCAAGCUCAAAGAUGGAGGCUGGGCUAUCAAAGUUUUUGCACUACUCGCGUCCAAGUUUGAGAAGACGAUUUUGCUAGAUGCUGAUGCAGUCUUUAUGCAGAAGCCGGAGCAGUUAUUCAACCAGAAACCCUAUAUCGACAAAGGCGCAUAUCUAUUCCACGACCGCUUACUGUGGCAAUAUGCUUUCCGGCCGAGACAUCAAUGGUGGAUCGAUCAGAUCAAGGAGCCUUCAGCAGAGAUGGAAAAGUCGAAGGUUUGGAUGGAGGACUAUGCCGAAGAAUGCGAUUCAGGGGUCGUGGUCGUUGACAAGUCGCGAAUACCGGUUCUUGUCGGCUUACUACACGUUGCGUGGCAGAACAUGUACGACGUCCGAGAAGAAACAACAUACAGGAUGGGCCAUGGCGAUAAAGAGUCAUGGUGGAUGGGCCUCGAACUCGCUGGAUCAAGUUACGAGUUCGAAGCGCACUACGGCUCCAUGAUAGGCUGGGGAGAUUCUCCCGCUGUGAAGAACGUCACACAAGUCUGCAGCUUUGUGAUUGCGCAUCUGGAUACCAAGGAUCGGUUGCUGUGGUACAAUGGCGGUUUGCUGAUGAACAAACUCGAGGAUACAAGCAAAUACAAGGUACCGAGUUAUUGGAUGAUGGAUGGGAAGUGGCACAAGGGACGCAAGAAGACUGAUAUGAGCUGCAUGAAAGAGGCCAAGGUGAAUAGGUUAUCUGAGAGUGAGGGGAGGAUACUCAGCAGGAGUAUUGAAGUGGCAAAAGAGGUGGAUAAAGCAUUAGCAAAGCAGUAG